AGGUGGCUGCCCUGAUUUGGAAAUCAAGGACUGACCUGCAUGUACUAGAACAGUAGUUCUCAAAAGCAAGGAACCACAGCAGCAGCAGCAUCACUUAGGAACUUGUUAGAAAUGAGAAAUCUUGGGCCUCCCCCCAGACCUACUGAAUCACACAGAAAUAGGCUCUGGGGAGGUAAGGUGGAGGUGGUUCCCAGCAGUUUCUCUUCAGAAGCCCUGAGGUGAUUUGGAUACAUACUAGAGUUUGAGAACAGCUGUGCUAGAAGCUGCCUCACUUCUGGUAUCAGACAUCACAACAUGGGGCUCACCAAGCAGUACCUACGCUAUGUUGCCAGUGCAGUCUUUGGCCUUAUUGGCAGCCAAAAAGGUAAUAUUGUCUUUGUGACACUUCGUGGUGAAAAAGGACGCUAUGUGGCAGUACCAGCCUGUGAACAUGUUUUCAUCUGGGACUUAAGGAAAGGAGAGAAGAUCCUCAUCCUUCAGGGGCUUAAACAAGAAGUCACUUGCUUGUGCCCCUCCCCAGAUGGGCUGCACUUAGCUGUUGGUUAUGAAGAUGGGUCUAUCCGAAUCUUUAGUCUCCUGAGUGGGGAAGGAAAUGUGACCUUCAGUGGACACAAAGCAGCCAUCACUUCCUUGAAGUAUGAUCAGCUAGGAGGCAGGCUGGCAUCUGGGUCCAAGGACACAGAUGUUAUUGUAUGGGAUGUGAUCAAUGAAAGUGGCCUCUACCGUUUAAAGGGGCACAAGGAUGCCAUCACACAAGCAUUGUUUCUACGAGGAAAGAAUCUACUAGUUACUAGUGGGAAAGAUACCAUGGUGAAAUGGUGGGACCUGGAUACCCAGCACUGCUUCAAAACAAUGGUUGGCCACCGAACUGAGGUGUGGGGGUUGGUUCUGGUGUCAGAAGAAAAGCGACUCGUCACUGGGACUUCCGACAGUGAGCUGAGGGCUUGGGACAUAGCCUAUCUGGAAGAGAUCGAAGACCCAGAGGAACCAGAGCCCAAGAAAACCAAAGGGCCUUCCUCUGGAAUACAGGACACACAUGAAGCAGAGGAUGGUGCCCUUGAGACGAGUGAAGCUCCUGAGGAUCGCAUCCUUACAUGCAGGAAAGCUGGUUCCAUAAUGCGGGAAGGAAGGGACAGAGUUGUGAACCUUGCAGUCGACAGGACAGGCAGGAUUCUUGCUUGCCAUGGAACUGAUUCUGUGCUAGAAGUGUUUUGUAUCCUUUCCGGAGAAGAAAUUCAGAAGAAAAAGGAUAAGAAGAUGAAGAAAGCUAGAAAGAAAGCCAGAUUAAGUUCUUGCAAAGGGGAGGAGGAAGACCUUGAAGUCAGUGUUGAAAUUACUCUGCAAGAUGAAAUCCAACGGGUGACUAAUAUCAAAACUUCUGCCAAAAUUAAAUCCUUUGACUUGAUUCAUUCAUCUCAAGGAGAAUUGAAGGCUGUCUUCCUGCUGCAAAACAACUUGGUGGAGUUAUAUUCUCUGAGUCCAUCUGCACUGACGACUCAGCCUGUCAGGGCAAGCAGAAUUGCCAUUGGGGGUCAUCGCAGUGAUGUGCGGACUUUGUCAUUCAGCUCAGACAAUAUUGCUGUCCUUUCAGCAUCAGCUGAUUCCAUUAAGAUAUGGAACAGGUCUACACUGCAGUGUAUUCGCACGAUGACCUGUGAAUACGCACUUUGCUCGUUCUUUGUACCUGGUGAUAGGCAGGUGGUCAUAGGAACAAAGACAGGAAAGCUGCAGCUUUAUGACUUGGCCUCAGGAAAUCUGCUGGAGACAAUAGAUGCACAUGAUGGAGCUUUGUGGUCCUUGUCUCUCUCUCCAGAUCAGCGUGGCUUUGUGACAGGUGGUGCAGAUAAAUCUGUCAGGUUCUGGGAUUUUGAGUUGGUGAAAGAUGAAAACAGUACCCAGAAGAGACUUUCUGUGAAGCAAACCCGAACCUUGCAACUAGAUGAAGAUGUUCUGUGUGUCAGUUACUCUCCCACUCAAAAGCUGUUGGCUGUGUCUCUGCUGGACUGCACCGUGAAAAUUUUCUAUGUGGACACUUUAAAGUUUUUUCUGUCGCUGUAUGGACACAAACUGCCUGUUAUAUGCAUGGACAUCUCUUAUGAUGGAGCACUAAUAGCAACUGGCUCUGCUGACAGGAAUGUGAAAAUCUGGGGUUUGGACUUUGGGGACUGCCACAAAUCUCUUUUUGCACAUGAUGACAGUGUGAUGCACCUGCAGUUUGUGCCCAAGUCUCACCUCUUCUUCACUGCUGGGAAAGACCGCAAGAUUAAGCAGUGGGAUGCGGACAAAUUUGAACACAUACAGACUCUGGAGGGGCACCACCAGGAAAUAUGGUGCUUGGCUGUAAGCCCCAGUGGAGACUACGUUGUGUCGUCGUCCCAUGACAAAUCUCUGAGACUCUGGGAGAGAACACGGGAGCCUCUUAUUCUUGAGGAAGAAAGGGAGAUGCAAAGGGAAGCAGAAUAUGAGGAGAGUGUGGCCAAAGAAGACCAACCAGCAGUUCCGGGAGAAACUCAAGGUGACAAUUACUUUACUGGAAAGAAAACUAUUGAAACGGUCAAAGCAGCUGAGAGGAUCAUGGAGGCUGUUGAGCUAUACCGAGAAGAAACUGCAAAAAUGAAAGAACACAAAGCCAUUUGUAAAGCUGCGGGGAAGGAGGUCCCUCUUCCCAUCAACCCCAUCUUGAUGGCUUAUGGCAGUAUUUCUCCUUCAGCUUAUGUGUUGGAGAUUUUCAAAGGAAUCAAGUCAAGCGAGCUGGAAGAGUCCCUGCUUGUGCUGCCUUUCUCCUAUGUCCCAGACCUCCUCACGCUCUUUAACGAACUCAUCCAGCUGGGCUCCGAUGUUGAACUUCUGUGUCGCUGCCUUUUCUUUCUCCUCAGGAUUCACUUUGGGCAAAUCACUAGCAACCAAAUGCUUGUGCCAGUGAUUGAAAAAUUAAAGGAAACAACUAUUUCAAAAGUCAGGCAAGUCCGGGAUGUUAUCGGCUUCAACAUGGCAGGUCUUGAUUAUCUCAAGAGGGAAUGUGAGGCAAAAAGUGAAGUUAUGUUUUUUGCUGAUGCCACCAGCCACUUGGAAGAGAAGAAGAGGAAGAGGAAAAAGAGGGAGAAGCUGAUUUUAACGUUGACUUAGAACAGAAAUGUGGUGCCUUUUUUCUGCUUUUUCUUUAAAAGGACUUCCAAACUAACCAGCAGUAGUUGCUGUUAACUUAAUAUAACCAGGUGACAGAGUUGACUGUGUUGCAGAAGAUCUCUGGAUGUGGUUCCAGCUCGCCUGAGGGAAUUCCACCUGAGGACUGUGGGCUCCAUUUCUUGGACUGAAUCCCAGGACUGGUUUAAAAUCCUCUGUGCCCUCAAAGAUUGAGCCCAGCAAGAGUUCUUCCCUUUCUAUUCUGGGAGGGAGCAAAGAAUUUUUUUUACAUAGGCAUUUGUUUUACUGGAGUUGAAAUUAACAUUUCAAAAGUUUUUCUUGUAUUUUUGUUUUUUAAGGCAGAAGAUUUGUUGGUUGAUUUGUUCUUCUUUGUAUUAGGUUUUACUUCCUGCUGAGACAAUCAGGUGGACAGUUGAUUACUUUCUGCCCAUAAAUGCAGAAUCACUGACUUACAGAGCUGAAAAGGACCCUAAAAAUUACCUAGAACGGCCUCCCGAAGCUUAAGCUCUUGCAAGUUGUUAUAUCUGUAUAUAAAGAUAUCCUAAUUGCUAAUUGUUUAUACUUCUCUAAAUAAAAUAGUUGUUUCUAAUUAAAGCGUAGUCCAGCUGA